AUGUUGAAGAAACUAAGCUUUCUAGUGUUGGCGAGUGGUGUGACAAUCGCAUGGUGGUAUCGAAGGAAUUCAACAUCAGGACCUGUUGUUGGUUUGGACUAUGGCUCAUUUCGAGGAAAGAGUUUGCAUACACAUGGUAUUGAACAAUUUUUUGGGAUUCCAUAUGCUGAACCACCAGUUGGAGAAAGACGGUUUACGAAUCCGAUUCCACCUCUUAGAACUUAUUGGAAUCAUGACUCGACAAAACAUCCAGCAGUUUGUCCUCAACAAAGUUUAGGAGGAAAUACAUCUUCUAUAUAUAAAGAUUGGUUUGAUAAUUUAGGAUUGAAUCCAUUGAUGUAUCUCAAACCAUUUGGUUCUGGUCAAGAAGAUUGUUUGACUGUAGACGUUACUCGUCCAACCGGUUUGACAAAUGACUCAAAACUUCCAGUCAUUUACUUUAUAUAUCCUGGUGGAUACAAUUACGGAGCAAGUUGGGAACUUACUGGAGUACCAAUCGUGAAAAAGAGUAUAGAAAUGAAUCUUCCAAUCAUCUGGGUCUCAGGAAACCAUCGAACGAAUGCUUUUGGAUUCUUGGGUGGAAAAGAAGUUGGGAAGGCUGGGGUUGGAAAUUUAGGAUUAAAAGAUCAAAGGUUAACUAUGCAAUGGAUUCAAAAAUAUAUUUCACAAUUUGGAGGAGAUCCUGAAAAAGUAAUCGUGUAUGGAGAAUCAUCUGGAGCGAUCUCUAUCUCUCACCACCUCUUGGCUUUCAAUGGAAACCUCAAUGGCUUAUUCCGUGGUGCGAUAUGUCAAAGUGGUACAGCAUUACCAGUAGGAAAGUUUUCAGACGGAGCUGGUCAAAAAGGUUUUGAUCUUUUGGUAAAUAGAUUAGGAUGUCAAGACUCAAAUGAUAAACUAGAUUGUUUACGACACGCAGAUCUAAAAAAGAUGCAGAAUGUGAUUGAUGAACUUCCUGGAACAUUUUCGUUUGGAUCUUUUCCAUUAACGUUUGGUCCAGCUGUUGAUGGUGAAUUUGUGACAGACUCUAUUCAACAUGCUUUGAAGAAUGGUCGAUUUGCCAAAGUUCCAGUCAUCGUCACCGAUGUUCAAGAUGAAGGUACUAUUUUGGCCAUAGGAUCUUACUCAGUCAAAACCGAAGAUGAAUUCCGAGAAUUCAUCAGUAAAAAAGUUCCAAAAGCAAGCCCAGAGCAAAUCGAAAAAGUCUUACAACUUUGGCCAUCUGAUCCAACACUUGGAUCACCGUUCGGUUCAGGUACCAAGAAUGCAGUCACACCUGUUUACAAACAGUAUUCAGCAAUCUUAGGAGACUUUGGAUUUCAAGGUUUGAGAAGGUUGUUUCUUAGAGGAACUUGUGAUUCGAUGCCCACUUGGAGUCUUCUAGACCGAGCAGCACAACAUUUUCCAGUAGUAGGUGCAUUUCAUGCAUCAGAUCUUCCAGCCGUUAUUGGAAUCACUCCAGGAAACCGAUCAGAAGAUUAUCAAAAACGUUGGAUUUCAUUCGCUUAUCAACUUGAUCCGAAUCAUGAAGGAUUACCUAAAUGGGAAAAGUAUGAUGAUCAUCAUUCAUUACUUCUUAUGGAUCAAGAUGGUUCGAUUGGAAUGGAACCUGAUACGUUUAGAGAACAUGAAAUUGAUUAUUAUUUAGAAAAUUUAGAAGAUUUCGUUUUUGCUUCUCCUUGAUAAAAUCAAAAACCUUGACUGAGGAUUUCUUCUUUUUCAAAUCAAAGCUUUUUUUGGUUUAUACACGUUUGAUUGUUUUGUUGAUGUUGGUUUUCAAAUCUUGUUUACUUUUGAUCAUUCACGAUCUCACUAUCUUUUCCAUUGCAUUAUCUUUCAUGUUGUUUGAUUACUACCUGUUUACUUUGUCAUCGUACUUAUAAGUUGUGAUGAUAUUCAAACCGUCUCCAAACUAUCAGUUUCAAUUUCACUGACACAAAACACCGUCGCGUGUUUCAAAGUUGGGAUUUUAAAGUGCAAUUUGAUGAUAUACUUGUUUAUAGGGU